AUGCGAAAGCGCCGCGAGUCGGCGAGAGCGUCUGGUGUGUCCUGUGCAGGAAUGCGGAAGUGCAAAGAGCUGGUGAGGAAACUUGGUGUGCAGCCCGAUUCGCGCAGUGUUGCAGAGACGUGGAGAACCGGCGAGCGAAUGGAAACGCCGCACAGGGAACGUGGCAUUAUUGACAAACUAUUAGCAAGUUACAGUCAAAUGUGGGUAAAGCAGGACAAGAACUUUAAAUCAUUUAGGUCAUUGCUUGGCAGCAGCUGCAAUGCGAUUUCCAAUGCAGUGGUUACACAGGACAACUCACCUGUUGGGACAAACAUUACAUUUGAUGGGGAGCAAAAAAGGAUAAUGGUGGUGACACCAGACCUGUUUAAUUUAUUUCCCAAGGAAAACCCAUUCAAAGAAGCACCGUGGCACUCAUGUGCUGUGGUGGGCAAUGGAGGCAUCUUAGCCAAUAGCAGCUGUGGAAAACAAAUUAACUCUGCUACUUAUGUUAUCAGGUGUAAUCUUCCUCCAGUGAGCAAUGGAUAUGAGAAAGACACAGGAACUAAAACAAACCUUGUUACAGCCAACCCUUCCAUCCUCUUAAGAAGGUACCAAUCGCUAACUGAGCGCCGACGACCGUUUGUGGAGGACGUGCAGUUGUAUGGAAACGCUCUAAUCUUCCUGCCUGCUUUCUCAUUUGGGAUAAACACAGCUGUGUCCCUGCAUGCCCUCUACUCACUGGAAGACCACAGUAGCAGCAGCCCACGGGUUGUCUUUUUUAACCCAAGUUACCUGAACAAUCUGGCCCACUUUUGGCGUGGCCAGGGACUUCAUGAAGUACGCCUCAGUACAGGUAUCAUGAUGGCCAGCUUGGCACUAGAGCUCUGCAAUAAUGUCCAUUUGUACGGCUUCUGGCCCUUUGAAUCACACCCGUACACCUACCAGCAGCUCACCAACCAUUAUUAUGAUAACCAACCAGCAAGCAACGUAACGCAUUCGAUGCCAGCUGAGUUUGAAGCCUUGUUGAACCUUCAUAACAAGGGCGUGAUCCAUCUGCACCUAGGGGAGUGCACAAAUUAAAGUACACUUUA